UGCAUAUAUUGUACGAUUUCCGGUGAACUCUUUUUACUCUGACAAAUGUUAAGUGCAUGAAAUGAGCCCCAUUACUGUUGACACAAGUGAAAUUAACCCGAGUGUACGCUAAAUUGUUUUGAGAAGGUUUGAAAUACUCUUUAAGGUAGUUCACACAAAGUUCAACUAGUUCCCUCACUUUCGCCUAAAAUGAAUCGUGUAUUGACCUCCCAGCAGAAAUAACAACAAUGUUUUGUGAACGUAACAUAAAUGAUUGGACAAUCGUAGCAAUUAACUUAAAAGUUAUAACCGCGCGUUGACAUUUCUGCGUGUGAAUCACUAGUAAACCUUGGCUCCUCCUUAAAGAUCCAGCAGGGUUCAGAAGAUCGGUGGGCGUGGUAGGGAAUAUCGAUGGGCGGAGUUAACCCUUUACGGAGAAAAAAAAUAAUGAAUCACGUGUUCCCAGAUCAAAGGCGAGCCGCUCCGUAGAGAGAGCGCGAGCCAGCUAGGCACAAGCGAGCGCGCGGGCAACGCGACAGUCCUGCAAUGUUGAAAUAAGCCACGAUAUUUGUUUCAAGGGCAAACUUUUCUUGUCGAUUAAUGAUCGUUAUUCUCAUUUCGCCACGCACAUUGCGCUUCAAAAAAAUUCCCCGUUUUCGCGUUUUUAGAGAGCUAACGCUCUCUGGAGUCUGAUUCCUGAAUCGAGACUUUUUCGAAGACGCUUGGAAAUUAUGUUCCGAUCGGCGCCGAUCCAGCCGGCAAGAUGAUGAUUUUACCGAGAACUGGGUUCGGUCGUGGUGCUGAUUCGGUGGUCUUGUUGUGGUUUUGGGUCCUGGGAAGCGUCCUGGCCAAGGAUACUGCCUUUGUGGAAGUUGUGCUUUUUGAAUCGAGCCCAAAUGGUGAUUAUACGACGUACACGACAGGUCUGCAGGGACGCUUCUCCCGAGCCGGAGCCACUAUCAGCGCAGAGGGCGAAAUCGUGCAAAUGCACCCUUUGGGCCUGUGUAACAACAACGAUGAAGAGGACUUGUAUGAAUAUGGUUGGGUGGGCGUGGUCAAACUGGAACAACCCGAGUUGGACCCCAGCUGCCUCACUGUACUGGGAAAGGCAAAGAGAGCCGUUCAGAGAGGAGCCACGGCUGUCAUCUUUGACGUCUCAGAGAAUCCAGAUGCCAUCGACCAGCUCAACCAACUUUCAGAAGACCCUCUGAAAAGGCCGGUGGUCUACGUCAAAGGAGCAGAUGCGGUUAAACUCAUGAAUAUCGUAAACAAGCAGAAAGUUGCACGAGCCAGAAUCCAACAUCGUCCACCAAGACCCACGGAGUAUUUUGACAUGGGAAUCUUCCUGGCGUUUUUCGUUGUGGUUUCUCUGGUCUGCCUCAUCCUUCUCAUCAAGAUUAAACUCAAGCAAAGACGCAGCCAGAGCUCCAUGAACCGGAUGGCUAUCCAGGCCCUGGAGAAGAUGGAGACACGCAAGUUCAAGGCUAAGGUCAAAGGUCAGCGCGAGACCAGCUGUGGAGCUUCAGACUCCCUGAGCAGCAGUUCCACAUCAGACUGUGCCAUUUGCCUCGAGAAAUACAUUGAUGGCGAGGAGUUGAGGGUGAUCCCCUGUGCGCACCGCUUUCAUAAGAAAUGUGUGGACCCUUGGCUUCUGCAGAAUCACACUUGCCCACACUGCAGACACAACAUCAUUGAGCAAAAAAAGGGAAAUCCGGGUGCUGUUUGUCUCGAUCCUGGAAACCCAGUGCAUAGCCGUCAGCAGCGAGUCAUCCUCCCCGUUCAUUACCCAGGAAGGGUGCACCGAGCCGGACAGGUGACGGCCUACCCUACCCGUACCACUAUGGAUCCCCAUGGAAACCCCAUCACUGUUCUAACAGUGGACCAGCACCCUGAGCAGAGCCUCUAUCCAUCCCAGUCCUCCUUCAUACGGGGAUACCCCGCCCUCCACCUAGACCACAGUCUAAACCCUCACCAUUGUGGUCUGGAGCAUCGUGCCCCCGGUUACCCACAAACUUUUAAACGGCCCAAAUUCCACGGACGUAACUUUUCCCGUGCCGCCUGCUUUUCGCAGUACGAGACUAUGUACCAGCACUAUUACUUUCAGGGCUUGACAUUUCCACAGCCUGAAGGUCAGCCCGGUAACGGACUUCACAAAGGUCACAAUCGACCUUACCAACCUGGACUUUUGUAUCCAGCCGUGGUGCACAUGGCACCAGCUUCCUCUUCUCGCUUAGGGGACUCGGGAAGCACUUCGGGACUCAGUUGUUACCACGGGCAUCGCUCCGUGUGCAGCGGUUACCUGGCGGAUUGUCCUGGAAGCGACAGCAGCAGUAGCUCGGGUCAGUGCCACUGUUCCUCGAGCGACUCCAUGUUAGAUUGCACAGAAGUUAGCAACCAGGGCGUGUACGGAAGCUGUUCGACGUUUCGUAGCUCGCUGAGCAGCGAUUACGACCCGUACGUAUACCGCAGUAAGAGUCCAUGCCGGGGCUCCGCCGGAGAGCCAGGGACCGUGUUCUCAGCCACAGCCGAGGAUUCGCCAGCCCCUGUAUCGGGGACGAUGGACUGUCUUCAGGCUCCCGUAGGAGCUUGUUACGGUUCUGGGGACCAGCUAUCCAACUGCAGCCUGGAGCCCAGCUGUAGUGGCCACUCUUCGGCCGAAACCAGGGAACUAACUAGCACUACCUCAGCUGGACUCUCGGAGAGCGCUGCGGCAGAAACAAGCCCCGUGAAGCAUUGCGGAGAGCAAGGGGUUGCGUGCAGCUGCUGCUUUGAGGUACCGAAACUAAAUUUGGAACGUAUAGGGCAGGACGGGGAGGGACAUUGCAGGUGGGGCGUCGAAUCUCAAGCUCUCGCGCUUGGGUCUCUGCAGAACUUUUAUAGCGUGAGCACCGAGCAGCUGCCUUCUCCAGAUCACGUUGGCUACGACGGACUGCCGUGCUGCUUCUACACGGAGAUGACCGUACAUCGUGGAAGUACUAAUCAUUACGCCGAAGACUGUUCGGUUAACGUUCAGUACGCCCCUACGGACAGCGACAGCUGCAUAGGACAGGGCUGCUGCGAUCUCUCGCAGCGGAUACCCAUAAUUCCCGAGGAUACAGACUGUGAAUUAGGCUUGGGUCCAGAAUCACAAACAAGUCUUCUUCCUCCUAGACUUACCUUAGAAAGUGAGGAGAGGACUUCUGAGGAGACUUGUGAUUUGUUUUACACCUCAGGACAAUGUAGAGGUCAAACUUAUCAGCAGCCACAAGAUGAAGAGACCAGAGUGCUGUUUCCCCCUCAGUGCAAUGGCGUGACUGACACACUAGGGGGCGGCAAAGCAUCUUUCGAUGGGUCGGGGCUCUGAUGGCAAGCCCUGAAACACAGCACAGGCUCUUGAAAAUCAAUAAAUGUAAUAGUUGUGUUGUCAAAACUCUGGAGUGUACUUAUCGUAAAGGGUUUGAGUUUCAAAUCAAGAUUUUACAAUUUUUUUAUUUUAUUUUUUGAGUGCUUAUCUUGUUCAUUCCUGUGGCCUUCAAAUUUUGUCAAGAAGACAACAGUUUAAGCAUUAACAAAUUAUGAAAGUACAAAGCUAGAUUUUUUCCACAUGCUACACAGCAAAAGUAAUGUGUCAUACGUAGAGGGCGGAGCAUCAUUAUAUGCAUGCUUCUCUCUUUAUCGGACUAGGACCAGGGAAACGUUUGUAAAUGGAAAUGGCUAAUUUUGAGUUCCAAGGUGUUAACCAUCACGAUUUAAAUGCUCUUUUUAAACUUAUUUUAAUAAAAUUGCAUGCAUGCGAGCAGUAUGAAAUCAAACAUCUCAAUCAAAACCAAAAUGGAGCAUGUGGAGGGAGCGCAGGACAGGUGCUGAGGUAAUUUAUUGAACACUUAACAAGGUUAAAACCUUACCUCCCUCUUUCUGAUUUUCUCAGGGCCUUAAUCGUUUUAGUGCAGACCAAGACCUAGUUUUUUAUCCAUAUAGUUGUUAUCAUUGGAGACUACUGAGCUGUAUGUACUUAACACCAAAAUUUUGUUUGUCUCCAGGGUUCAGUCCAACACCACUGGUAGGUUUAGCUCCAGACUACUCUAGUGUUAAAGUUGCAAAACUUCUAGUAUUUGACCCCUGAAGUUCAUCAUACAUACAUGUAUGUAUGUGUUUGUGUGUAUACAAGCUAACAGUUUGUCAACAAGACACCAAAGUAUAAUGGUUUUGAGAGUUUGUGUGUGUCAAGGGCAGAAACAUAAGUAAUUGCCUUUAAUAAUUACCCACUACACACUUGCACCUGUGCUUUUACAGAUAUUCACCAUCAUAUCAUCAUGCAUUUCUGUUUAUACAGAGUAUUUUAUACUGUUUCUAUGAAAUGUACCCAUACAGCUUACACGGGCGUUCAUUUUAAAGUAACUUUGUUUAUACAUAGACUAUAACAGUGCCGUAACAUGAGAAUCUACUCUUGCCUUGCAUAGAGAUAUGUACUGCAAAUAUAGCAUUUUUUCUGGGGGUACUCGAGUCACUAUUUAAUGUUUCGUAUGUUUGUAGCACUUAAGAUUGUAUAAAAGAAAAUGUGUACAAAAAUUAAUAUUUUUAAAUUUUUUUAAAGAUAUAAUUAUUUUCUCCAUUAUCAUUUUACAAAUGUUAAAGGUUAGAGCUUGAUCUGUGUAUAUUUCUGUAUCUGUAUAGCAGCACAUUUCAUAAAUGGAAAUAUGUUCUCUGAAUAUUUAUUGACUAAUAUAUUUAUCUUUAAGCCAUGUCUUAUGUUCAGAGUGUCUGUGAGGUUUUUUGUUUUCAUUUAAUUUUUUUCAAGAUCACUAAUAAGAGACUUUGUAAAUACAUGGUAAUUGCACACAAGCCGAUUAAAUAUUCUCUGACCAAAACUGAUUUAGAAAUUUUAGUGCAGUUUUGUAACAAAGUGUACAAAGAGCUUAAAAAUAUAUGGUUUUAUUAAAGUGAACACAUUCAUUUGAGAGUUUCAUUUUCCAGUUAUACGGCAAACAGGGUUCCCACAGGUCCUUGAAAGUUUGUGAAUCUGGAGGAAAUAAUUCAAGGCCCUGGGAAGUUGUUGAAAAUAUACAUAUAUAUAUAGAUACAGGUCAUUGAAAGUGCUUGAAUCUAUUUUAUGCAAAAAAUUUAUUCACAUCCACAUUAUUCCCUGUGUAGUGUAGGAUAAUAUUCCAAAAAUUCUAGACUUUAUAAGCACACGUGAUAAACUGUUCGCUUUAAAUGCUUAUAUCUUCUGUAUGCGAAUGUUGAUUCAUACCAAAAUGCUUUUUUGCAUAAUUGUGUUUGACACAUGAAAACGUCUCGGGUUACGUAUGUAACUGUUGUUCCCUGAGAAGGGAACGAGACGCUGCGUCUCCCUUGCCAUACUUCCUGCAUCCCUGUAACGCCGUCUUUGGCAAUAUUUCAGAUAGCGAUAUACGUCCUGGCUCCCGCGUCACCCUGUUUUUGUCCUUAAGCCUCAUCAUUGGUUGGAUUUUAUAUACACAUUCAGACGCACUUACCUCUGGAGGCUUCCCCAAUGUGUCACCGCAGUAACACAGCACAAGUUCCCUUGAAGGGGAACUGUAAUAAUGUAUCUUAAAAGGUAACUCGAUGUAACCUUGCUCUCACUUGAAAUUUGUACCCACAUUUA